AUGAAAAGAGCCGAACUGGACCUUCUCAUCAAAUUUAUUACUGACAAAGAAAUUCAUUUAAUAAGCGACGAGAUAUACUCGGGAACUGUUUUUAGCUCCCCAGGCUUCGUAAGUAUAAUGGAAGUUUUGAAAGACAGAAACCUCGAGAAAACCAAGGUCUGGGAUAGAGUUCAUAUUGUUUAUAGUCUUUCCAAGGAUCUGGGUCUCUCUGGUUUUCGAGUUGGGGCAAUUUACUCCAACGAUCCCACUGUUGUAUCCGCCGCCACAAAAAUGUCCAGUUUUGGCCUAGUUUCGUCACAAACCCAGUAUCUUCUCUCGGUCAUGUUAUCCGACAAGAAAUUCAGGAACUAUUACACUGCCAAAAACCGGAAGAGGCUUCAAAAGAGACAGAGGAAGUUGGUUUCCGGCCUCGAAAAAGCCGGCAUCGGCUGCUUAGACAGCAAUGCCGGGCUGUUCUGUUGGGUCGAUAUGAGGCACCUUUUGAGCACCAACACAUUCGAAGCCGAAAUGGAGCUGUGGGAAAGAAUAGUUUACGAUGUCAAACUGAACAUUUCUCCCGGUUCUUCGUGCCAUUGCAGUGAACCGGGUUGGUUCCGAGUCUGCUUCGCUAACAUGUCGGAAGAUACCCUGAAACUCGCCAUGCAAAGGCUAAAACCCUUCGUUAAUUCAAAGACUAACAGUAAAAACAAGAGCCACCAAGAGUUGAGAAACUUAAGAAAAGAGUCCCAUAUCGAGAAAUGGAUUUCCCGGCUGUCGUUCCGAUCCGUCCAUGACCGGGAACAAGACGAACGAUGAAGCUAUUUAAGCCAUAAAUUUUUAGCUAGUGUGAACACAUUGUCGAUAGUUCACAUUGAAAUUAUAUAACGAUUCUUUAAGUUAUUUCUUAAUUUGUAGGCAAAGAGAGAAACUGCACUCAGUCCGUGUGGGAUUUGCAUGCAGUGUAUUUAGGUUUUCACGUUACAAACAUGG